AUGCAAUCUUCAGCCAAACUUGAACAAACGGCACCCAGUUUCUGUCUCUACAAACUACCUCCGGGCGUCUCCAAGGUCGACUUCGAUGCGCAACUCAACCAAUUCAUGGACACGAUGGCUCAGCUCCCGGUUGUGCAGGAAAAUUGGGCCACCUUUGAGCUGAUCCUCCAAAACGACAAGCUUGAUGGGUGCAUCACCGACUUGGGUCUCCCUGCGCCGCAGCAAUGCGCAAUCCUGAUCACCCACGCGCACAGUCACGAGCACUGCGAGAAGCUCACGAGCCACCCGUCGACGCAAGACAUGGUUGCCGCCGCCACCGCAUCGGGGUUGUUUGCGGACGCAUGCGUCUUCUCUGCGGAUCUGCACACGACGGUGCACAUACCCGAGGCCGACACCAGGGUCCACGCGUUCGGCGUCUUCAAGACCCAUCCAGAGAUGUCCAUCCCGGAGCUCCAUGCGAAGCUCGAGGAGCUCAUGGAUUCGAUCAUGGAGAACGUGCCGAUCGCGAGGGCGAAUCUGGUGCAGCACUCGCUGUGGUUUCAGAAGACGGACGCCGUGUCACAGCACAUACGUAACAUCGGAUUCGGCGAUCCAAAGGACGAUAUCUUUGUCGUAAUUUUAGAGACUGAGACGAUGGAAAAGCUCAUCGAGGUGAUACAAGAUGAGACAUUCCAGGAAGCCCUAAUCGAAGGGCUCAAAGACUUUCCACACCUCUUGGAAUGCUCGAUUUUCUCAGCGGAUGUUUUCCCGAAGUUGUGA